AUGAGAUCGGUUUUAUGUUUAUACCUGAUGCUCAAUGAAGGCAAAAAGUGUGUGAAAUGGGGUCAAUAUCUAAAUGAGGUCAGAAAGAAUGCUCAUGGGAAUCAAUCACGUUUAUGGUUAAGUCAUCAUCCCAACAUGAGCAAAAAGUAUAUGUUUCACAAUAAACCCGAGAAUUUUAUGAGCUUUUCUCAUGCGAUAUAUUUAAGUAUGGAUAACGAUUACAAAUCAAACAACAAAACAAAACAAAAGCAGCCAAAAAGGAAGAAAGAAGAAACUGCAAACCUAGCGUUGGUUGGAUUGUUGGUUGUGGGUUGUUAUGUGAAUUUACAUUUCAUUCGAAUAAUUUCUGGCGAGAUUUCUAAACAACAAACAAUGUUUAAGAGCAAGCAAUGUGAAUAUUAA